CAUGUGACUAUGAGUCAUGUGAUUGAUCUACGUUAAAAAACUUUUAAAACACAAUUGAGUUUGAGCUUGACCAACUGGCCUUUCAUUUUCCUCAAGUAGCUACAACUACUACUACAACUAGUGCUUUAAUUUUGACAUAGCCCGCCCAAACACAUCCCUAAACUCAAAUUUCAAAUUCUCAUUCCUGUUUGCCUCUUUUCCUAAUCUCUCUCUCUCUCUCUCUCUCUGGCAAAACAUCAAACACUUCACAUUCAAUUCACAAGUACUUCGUUAAAGCUUAGAACCUCAUUCAAAUCAAACCCAAAAAAAAAAAAAAAAAAACCCCCAAACAAGCCCUAGAAAUCUCAUCGGAGUUAUUGAUCCAAUGGCUGAUUCUGACUCCUCUCCUCCUCUUCCAAAAGCCGCUCCUCUCUCACUCCAAAAGAAGGAGAACAUUCCUCCGAUCGGCACAAAGAUCGCGGAACUAAAUGAAUCAAGGACUGAGCUGCUUAAUAGAAUUCAAGGACUAAAACAGGAUUUGCAAAGCUGGAGAUCAAAAUUGGACACUCAAGUUAAGACCUAUCGCGAUGAGCUUUCGGAACUCAAGAAAUCGCUCAAUGUUGAAGUGGAUCAACUUCGAUCAGAAUUUCAAGAACUGAGGACCACUCUGCAGCAGCAACAAGAUGAUGUUUCUUCAAGCCUAAGAACCUUGGGGCUGCAGGAUGUCUCAGGUGAUCCUAAAGAUGCCCAGGCACAAGAUCCCAAGGUUGAAGAUGACCAGGACGGACUUGUUUUGCCUAGACAGAUGGAUUAUGAUGUCUCAGGUGAUGCUAAAGAUGCCCAGGCCCAAGAUCCUAAGGUUGAAGAAGAUGACAAGGAAGAACUUGUUUUGCCUAAAAAGUUGGAAUAUGAUGAAGGAAGUGAAAACUAGGAUGGGAUUUGCUCUGGAGUGUGCAUGAGGUUUUGUCCCAAAUGGAGAUGAGUAUUCUUCGUUGAAUUUGUACUACUGUGCUUUGCCUUGUCUUUAGUUAGUAUCAGUUACAACCUUGUUGUUAAGCACAACACAGAACUCUUUUCUAAAUCAAUUGUUUGUGGAGUUUUGCCUGGUUAUUCUCUAAUUCUUGUUUA